CAUAGGGCCGUAGGGAGGCUAUGGGGUGCUGUUUAAAGGGCCCCAUAGCCAGCACAUUUUUUUUUUUUUUUGCUGCAGACCGUAUAUGGAGGCAUAGGGCCGUAGGGAGGGUAUGGGGUGCUGUUUAAAGGGCCCCAUAGCCAGAGCCUCUCUUGAAGAUCUAAAUUUGUGAUCUUUCUUUGGAAUACUAAAGCAAUGAUGCAGAGGGCUCUGGUCAGGGUUAGGGUAAAGGUUAAGUUGAAGGUUAGGUUAUACGAUCUCUGUUCACGGCAAUAAUGCAGGGGGCUCUGGUCAGGGUUAGGGUAAAGGUUAGGUUGAAGGUUAGGUUAUACGAUCUCUGUUCACGGCAAUAAUGCAGGGGGCUCUGGUCAGGGUUAGGGUAAAGGUUAAGUUGAAGGUUAGGUUAUACGAUCUCUGCUCACGGCAUUAAAUGCAGGGCACUCCAUGGAACUCGAGGCUUUCUCUAUAAAUUGCCCUCAAAUUCCUGUAUUUUCUCAUGGAUUCAGCCAUGGCCAGGGUAGAGGUGGAUGGAAAAUGUAGCAUUUUCCCUGCCCGCCCUUCUCUACCGCAGCAAUGCAAACUCACCUAUUCAGAUCUGCGGCUGUUGUACGUCCAUUAUACACAGAAAUGCGUCCUCUUCUCCAACCCUAGAGGCUGCAUAAUCCAGGAUUUUGAGUCCAUGGUGGAGCGCCUGAAGAAAAGCCUGUCGGAAACCCUAGUUCACUUCUAUCCGCUGGCAGGAAGACUGGAAACAUGUGAGGGCGAGGUGUAUAUUGACUGUAAUGACAGUGGAGCAGAGUUUAUAGAAGCAUCUGCGCCAGAUCUUUGCCUCGCACAAAUCAUGGCGGAAAACAUCCCUCAUCAGCUCUUUCCUUUCAAUGGUGCUUUCAGCAUAGACGGCCACUUUCUGCCGUUAUUAGCAGUUCAGGUGACAAAGUUGAUAGAUGGGAUUGUAUUGGCAUUCACAAUCAACCAUGCACUUGCUGAUGGGUCGUCAAACUGGCAUUUUAUUAAUUCUUGGUCUCAACUAUGUCGAGAACCUUCGAGCAUUCCUCUCCUUCCACUGCACACACGUUGUUUCUCUACAGCUUCUUCGACCAAGGUCAACAUACAACACAACAAUAUGAGAAAACAAAGGUUUGACAAUUUUACCCCACGACCAUUAAGUGAAAAAAGAUUUCAUUUCAAUGAGAAAACCAUAUCUCAACUAAAGGAAGAAGCCAAUGAGGCAUUUAAAGAGAAAUCUAUCUACAUCUCCUCCUUUCAAGCAUUGUGUGCACAUGUAUGGCAAGGAAUCACACGAGCUAGAGGACUUUCCCCUAAUGAAGAAACUAGUUUAUGUUUUUCAAUAAAUUGUCGAUCUAAAAUGGUCCCUCCAUUGCCUUACUCAUACUUUGGCAAUGCUCUUCAAGGAGUUAGGGCAACCAUGACAACAAGAGAGCUUUUGGGUGGUAGUAGAAGUUCAAUAGCCCUAUCGUUGCAUCGCACCAUAGCAUCACACCAAGAUGCUCAAAUUAAAGCUGAAUUAGACAAGCCUCCAAGAUUGAUUGAUCUCAAUGAUUUUAUUGGCAAUAAUUCCAUUUUGAUGGGAAGUUCUCAUAGAUUUCCUAUAUAUGACAAUGAUUUUGGAUGGGGAAGUCCAAUAAGUGUUAGUAGUGGAUGGGCAAACAAAUUUGAUGGAAAAUUAACUGUGUAUCCUGGACGUGACAAAUUGGGAAGUAUAGAUAUAGAGGUUUGUCUUCUUCCUCAAACCAUGAAUGCUUUGGAAUCUGAUACUCAUUUUAUUUGCCCUUUUAAUGUUUGAGAACAAAGCUACUUUUAUAGGGUCACUUACAUAUUAGUAAAAUUUGUUAGGAUUUUCUUUCAAAAUUGUGAAGGGGCAUGCAUCUCUUUGAGACACCCCCUCUCUUCCAUGUCCUUAAUAGCCAACUUUUUUAAUAGAUAAUUAUCUCUUCCAUAUACAA